AAUUCGCAACAGAGUGGUAAAACGGCAACAACUUUGUUUCAUUUUCGUAUCGCUGAUCAUUUUGUUCUAUGUAGAGGUUGACAUUUUAUGGCUGUUGUUAAUGGUCCUAGUUCAUUAUGGGCUACACUAUUUUUGAGUGUCAUUUUGAGUCUUUCACGUACGAAGUGUAGUUUAUUUUAAGUGUGAUAAAGGACCAACAAACAGAAAUCUGUUUCGUUUCCCGUAUAAUUUAGUCGUUUUAUGUUUAAUUUUCCAAUAACAUGGAUUGGGACUUCGCGAAAACGAAGACUUUAUUGUACUAUUACGAGUAUUUGAUGCGCAAAGGAGAACCACAAAAAAUUGCUCAUUUAGCCUGUCUGUUCGGUGAACCAGACUUUACCGGUGAUAUGCGCACAAUCGUGGGAAGAACCUUAACAGGACUAAAAACUCUUCUUUCCGAACACCCGUACCUGUUUAAAAUCGUCAAUGGCGAACUUGUUUAUUUAAGUGCUAAUGAGACACCGACAUCUGAAGUUCUUGUUGAUCGCGAUUGCAACGAAGAGACCAGAGAAUUCUUUAAACAUAAACUGCUGACCUACGGUGUUGGUAUCGAGGUACCUCUCAAAUCUUUGCUCGGUCAUCGGAGUCAGGCUCCACCUCGAAUUCGUCAUACGUGUGGAGCUCAUGCUGCUGAGUUUAAGCGAUUUUUGUCCCAAUACCCGGAGACAUUUCGAAUUAUUGACAAAAAUGUAUUGUUGCUGGAAUUUGAUGACUUAAAAUCGUUACGAAGCACACCAUCCGGUCUGCCGUUUGUUGGUCAUCGUCAAAACUCUGGAAAUCACAAUGCAGCAUAUGAGGAUGAUCUUCUGAAAUUUGAAAAUUUAUGCAAGCAUAACUGUCCAAAAAUGUGUGACAUCACGAACGGUUACAGUCCAAUCCAGUUACAUGUCGGUGGUAUUAGUAAUGUAUUACAAGUUCGAAAAAACACCCUCAUAAUUUCAACUGUUGCUGACUCGCUUCGUGUGACUAGCGAAAUAUUGAAAUUAGUUGCUGACAAUGGGGACCAAUUACCGGUUACAGGCCAGCAACAACCAAGAAAUAAAGCACUAGUAUCAUUCAACUGUAAAGGCUCACGUGCGGGUGUGUACACAGAGAUGACGUUAUUGGAACUCGGAACUCCAAACGGUCAAACAUUUCUAUUCGACGUACUAACCUGUCCACGGAUUAUGACUGACGGUGGUGUGAAGGAACUGUUAGUGAGUGACCGGAUAGUGAAGGUCAUGCACAACUGUCGCUACAAGUCCGGUUAUUUGUAUCAGCAGUUCAAGAUUAUUCUGAAGUGUGUUUUUGACACACAGCUUGCGUAUGCAGUUUUGCAGUAUCAGAAGAAUGGCAGUAAUGUUCGCAACGCGAAAGUUAUGUUAUUCCAUCAAUUGAUUCAACUCUAUUGCCCUUACAAUGCGGUAGGCGAACAGUUUGUCAGUUACAUGUGGUCGGCAAGAGAAAGACCGUUCACAGAAGAUAUGGUGGGUUACGCGGCACGUAGGGCACAGAAUCUUCUAAAAUUAUAUGGCAGCAUGGCACUAUUGAUCGAAGAAAGAAAUAAGCCAUUGCUGUCCGAUCUAUGUACCGAAGAGAUUUUGUCGUGGAUACACCCGCAAGAGGUGAAGGCACAACAACAGGAGAACAACGUUACUUCUGACGCUAUUACUUCAAACGGAAAACAAAGUCAAACUACGACGAAGAAAGCACAAUUGAGAUCAGCCGCUAGCGAACUGGUUCACAAUAGUCGUGACAACGUAAGUCAACAGGGCUCAACGUGUCGACGUUGUUGUGAUUGUAAUACGGAUAAAGAGAGCCAAACAUUGAGUACAGGUCAUAUUGUAAUGUUAUCGAAAACUUAUGAAAAUUAAGAUAAAUUGUCAUGCAUGUUAACUGUAAUUAUUGCAAAUAAAGUCAAAACUUUGAUGUCGUUAAGUUAAGUUUUGCUGUUUACGGUUUUUUUUUUUGGU